GAUGAAGAAAGAGUUUUUUUUUUUUAAGAUUAAUCAAUUCACUUCAUAAAUACUCCUUUGCUACACAAUCUGUUAAGUACUUAUAAAGUUUCCCGUCCUCCUCCGGUUGCUAGUGCGCUGCUCAUCGACAACCCGGAGCGCCGAUGUGGUGCUCCUUACCCAGAUUUAUCCGCCCCAUCACCGCCGUAUCAUCACUGCCGAAUUCAUCACUUACUAUUUUAUGCCACCACGGAGUUUCGGCGGCUGCUAUAUACUCACCGGAAAAACUAGAAUAUAGCACCCAACUCGUCACACGGGAAUACGCUGACCUAAAUCUCUCCAACAACGAUUGCCAGGAGGUUGGCCAUGUUAGGGUCCGGAAGCAUGUUAAUCCUCUCAGUUUUUUCAAAAUGGUACCGGUGGAAUUCCCAGAUUGGAAUGCUGUUUAUAAAGAUGCUAAGCUUCCAUUGAUGGUGGAUAUUGGUAGCGGUAGUGGGAGAUUUCUCCUAUGGCUUGCCAAAAGAAACUGCGGAUUGAAGAAUUAUCUAGGAUUGGAAAUUCGUCCUAAAUUGGCCAAACGUGCUGAGCAUUGGGUACAUGAACUAGGGCUGAACAAUAUCCACUUUAUGCAUGCCAAUGCAACGGUCUCCUUCAAACAAUUUAUAUCUACUUAUCCAGGUCCCUUGGUUUUAGUUUCUAUAUUGUGUCCAGAUCCUCACUUUAAGAAAAAGCAUCAUAAAAGAAGGGUUGUGCAGAAUCCUCUAGUCGAUUCCAUUGUAAAAGGCUUAGUUCCUGGAGGACAGGUCUUCUUCAAUAUAUGCCAUACUCGACACCAUUUCCUGUUCCUUUUUUUCCUCAGUACAACCCCAAUUAUAUUCAUACAAUCAGAAGUCCAGGAAGUAGCAGUUGACAUGAGGAAAUAUUUUGAUGCUGAAUUUGACAAGCUUGUGCAUAUUAACCAUGUUGAUCCUAAUAUUCUUUGCGACAAUGAUGGGUGGUUGUUGAGCAAUCCAAUGGGAAUAAGGACAGAGAGAGAGAUCCAUGCAGAACUCGAAGGCGCAAGUAUUUACAGAAGAAUGUAUCAGAAACAAUGGUAACCAGCUGAGGAAUCUUUGCGCUAACCAGACCUCAGAACAUGAGACCUGCACUCAUUUCUGCUUGGAGUUGGAAGAAGUGGUUGGUUUGUCAAGGAUUGGAAACACGGCCUGGUGCAACCGUCUCCUUUCGCCGUUUCAGAAUUUCCCCGUGUCAGGAUUUUGUUGUUCCUCCUCUAACCCUCCACAUCAAUCUCUAUUUACAUUCUCUUUGUGAAAAUAUCAUUCAUUUUCUUUACUAAUAUUAAUAUACUCCCUUUAGAAAGUUUGAUGUUGACUAUAAAGCACUUUCUCUUUUCAUUGAUGAAGUGAUAUAAAUUGAAGAAUUCAUAAUAUUCAUAUCU